CGUCACCGCGCUACAGUCUGAGCGAGGACACUCGCCAACCGCUAUUAAACAUAAAAAAAGUUACCGCUAGAGCCAUAACACAGCUUUGAGUCUUCUGAGAUCUGCUCCUCCAACCACACAGGAGUUCAUCAACAGUUCAGCUCCUCCCACAACAGUGAAUGAAAGAGUUUAUGAAAGAAAGCUAAAAACAUGACUGAUCCAGAACCCUGCGGAAUAAAACAGGAAGAUGCUGAAGAACAAAUAGACUUGAUAGAAGAGAACAAGGAGAUUGAAGAACUGAUUAAAGAGGGGGAGAACCAUCAUGUCAAAACUGAAGAAACACCCUGGAGAUCCUCAUUGAUAAGAAGAGAUAAAACAUGGCCUGAGUGUGAACAGAAAGCAGUUAAAAGCAGUAAAACAUUUUUUAGACCACAUUUCCUGAAGGACCGCCUGAAAGUUCAUACAAAGGACAAGCCUUAUGUAUGUUAUUUAUGUGGAAAGAGUUUUAGUCACAUGACUGCUUUAAAGAUACACCAGAAAAGACACAGCGGUGUGAAGGAUCAUGCUUGCUCUGAGUGUGGGAAGACUUUUUUUACAUAUGGUGCGAUGAAAGUGCACCAGACAGUUCACACUACAGAAACACCUUACAAGUGUUCACACUGUGACAAGAGAUUCAAACGGUCAGAAUAUCUGAGAAUACAUGAGAGGAUCCACACUGGAGAGAAGCCGUAUACAUGUGAUCAAUGUGGAAAGAGCUUCAGACUAAAAGAAAUGCUUAAUCAACACAUGAAUAUCCACAAUGGAGAGAAGCCGUACACAUGUGAUCAAUGUGGAAAGAAUUUCACACAAAAAGGAAACCUUAUCAAACACAUGAAAAGACACACUGAAGAGAAGCAACACACAUGUGAUCAGUGUGGGAAAACUUUUGUGCAUAAAGGAAACCUUAAAGACCACAUGAGAAUCCACACUGGAGAGAAUCUACAUACAUGUGAUCAGUGUGGGAAAACGUUUGUGUUUAAAGGAAACCUUAAAGACCACAUGAAUAUCCACACCGGAGAGAAGCCAUACACAUGUGAUCAGUGUGGGAAGAGUUUCAGACAAAAAGGAGCCCUUAAUGUACACAUGAGGAUUCACACUGGAGAGAAGCCAUACACAUGUGAUCAGUGUAGGAAGAGUUUCAGACUUAAGCAAACUCUUAACGAACACAUGAUGAUCCACACUGGAGAGAAGCCGUACACAUGUAAUCAGUGUGGGAAGAGUUUCACACAAAAACAAGCCCUUGAUGUACACAUGAGGAUCCACACUGGUGAGAAGCCAUACACAUGUGAUCAGUGUGGAAAGAGUUUCUCACAAAAAGGAGCCCUUGAUGCACACAUGAGGAUCCACACUGGAGAGAAGCCGUACACAUGUGAUCAGUGUGGAAAGAGUUUCUCACAAAAAGGAGCCCUUGAUGCACACAUGAGGAUCCACACUGGAGAGAAGCCGUACACAUGUAAUCAGUGUGGAAAGAGUUUCAGACUUAAGCAAACCCAUAAUGAACACAUGAGGAUCCACACUGGAGAGAAGCCAUACACAUGUAAUCAGUGUGGAAAGAGUUUCAGAAAAUGUGAUGUUUUUAAAAAACAUCUGCUUACUCAUUCUAGAGAGAGACUAGAAAACUGUGGCCAAAGCAGUAGAACAUUUCUAAAGGACCAUCUGAAAGCUCAUACAAAGAAGAAGCCUUACAUAUGUUAUUUAUGCGGAAAGAGUUUUAGUCAGAUGGCUGCAUUAAAGAUACACCAGAAAAGACACAUCGGUGUGAAGGAUCAUGCUUGCUCUAAGUGUGGGAAGACUUUUUUUACAUAUGGUGCGAGUAUGUAA